AUGAAUACUCUGAAACAUAUUCCGUGUAUUUUUUUCGUGGUGUCGUAUUCCACAAUUUAUGCAACUGGACAGCAACAGCCUUCGGAAAAAUGUGCAUCUGCCAUUGCUGUCAUUGGAAGCAUCGUUAAUAUGGUAGAUGGGCAUAUUACGAACCAAUGGCUGCAAGUUGAUCUACAAGAACCCACAACUGUGACAGGUCUGUUGACUCAAGGAAGAUCGAAUUGUUGUAAUCAGUGGGUAAGAUCGUUCAAAGUGUCGUACGGCAACAGUGAGAGUUCAUUGGCAAUGUACCAAGAAAAUGGGGCCACAAAGAUUUUCACUGGGAAUCACGACGAGACGACAAUUAAAGAGAAUCGCUUCAGCCAGCCGAUUACAGCAAGGUACAUCCGGAUUCAUCCUGUCACUUGGCAGGAUCACAUCAGCAUGAGAAUUGAAAUUCUAGAUUGCUGAGAAUGAGACAGAAUGCAGUAGGCUUUAUUAAUGCGAUAAUAUUACUUGUUCAAAUAUAAAUUUGAAUUGUGUACGUGUCUGAAUUUAUUUCUCGCAGGUUUUGAAAUAUUAAAUCCCCGUGCUAUUGGGG